AUGGUAGUGUAAGAAUUAGAUUUAAUUAUCAACUUAAGAGGAGGUGGAUGUUGUUACUCAUCCAAAGUAUUACCAACAGAAUAGGUUAAAAUUUCACAUAAUGAUAUCUUUUAAUUGAUUCUACAAAGAGGUUCACUAAAUUUAAAGCAAGAACUUAAAGACAGAGUAAAAAUAAUUUCUAGUAAAAUACCAAUGCUCAUAGAGGGUAAUAUAAAAAUUAUAAACUAAUUUGUGUCCCUACUGAUUUUUGAGUAAUUUGGAUAAAUAUGUUUGAAAGAAUUUUAAUUAAUUCAAAAAAUAAACUAUCAUUAACUUGUAUUAAGAGGAUUAAAGUAUUAAUAUGAUAUAACAAUAACUUCUAUAUAAAAAUAAUAGAAAAUUUAGAACGAUUAAGAUAUGAUAUAAUUACAAAGAUUACAAUCCAAUUUAGAUAGUGUAAACGAUUUGAUUAACCAUAUUAAGAAUAUAGAACUUGAAUUAACAGUCAGUGAAUCUUUUGAUUUUAAAAAUUUUCUUUAGUAAUGGUAUAUAAAUUAAAGAUUUGUUUUGAAAAACUAUUUAGGAUUUUUUUUAAUUAAGAUAGAAGUGAUAUAAUCCUAUAUUUAGAUAAUUUGUAUGAAAUAUAAUUAUAGAUUCAAAAAGAAUACAUAUACAUAAUUAAUGGAUUACAUUAAUUUCUAAUUUAUAUAGAAGGUAAGUUUUUUGCCCUGCUUUUAUUUCGUUUUGAUUUAAUAAAACCAAAAAUAUUGA